AUUGAAAGGUAAUGGAAAAAGCCUGGGAGUACGUUGAUGGAGACACAUGUGAGAAUCUACCUGGCGACUGAAAACGCAAAGUAUGAGGCGCGGACAUAUGGUUAUGAAGGGAACAGGGAGGGUCUCUUUCGCAUAUAUUUGAUAUGACUGAGCAUGACUAGCCUAAACGUCCUCUCCACCUUGAAGCAUGAAUCAUGUCAUUUCUGGUUUAGUGGGGCACCGACAUUAUUAAUUGUCUCCAACAAUGACCAGCAUGUCCUCAAUUGUUAUUUUCCGUUUCCUAAACAUACUCAGAGUACAAUAGAAGAGUACUAUCCAGCAUCAUGUCCGUCAAGAAAUGGGUGACAACCCUGAAGGGUCUCGACACGCUGCAGCUCCAGGAAGGCACCAUCCCCACACCCGGCAAAGGAGAGGUCCUCGUAGAGAUCCGCGCUGUCUCGCUGAACUACCGUGACACAGAAGUCUGCAAUGGCGAAUACACCCAUCACAAAUCCAUCGGCCAGGAUGAGUCUAUCGUCCCCUGCUCGGAUUCGUGCGGAGUAGUCACACAGGUCGGCGACGGCGUAACAACCCUCAAGACCGGCGACCGCGUCCUCUCUCCCUUCCUCCCCGAUCACCUGACCGGCCAGGUCACUGAGAAGGAACUCGCGUCGGGAUUGGGGCUUCCGUUGGAUGGUGUGCUAGCGUCGCAUAGAGUGUUCCCCGCGCGUGGACUGGUCAAGGCACCGGAGUACCUGAGUGAUACAGAGGCGGCGACAUUGCCGAUUGCCCCUGUUACGGCUUGGAUGUCGAUUAAUGGGAUGAGACCAAUGGGUCAGGAUGGUGGUGCGGGGGAGUAUGUGCUACUGCAGGGAACGGGCGGUGUUUCGAUUGCGGGGUUACAGAUUGCGAAGGCUGCGGGAGCUAAGGUGAUCAUUACAUCGUCCUCCGACGAGAAACUUGCUCAGGCAAAGGAGCUUGGCGCCGACUACACGAUCAACUACCGCACAAACCCCGAUUGGGAAAAAACCGUGAUGGAGGUGACCAACAACCACGGUGCGGAUAUCGUCCUCGAAACUGGUGGCGCAAAAACAUUGAAGAAGAGCUUCGACUGCAUUGCCUUUGGAGGUCUCAUUGACUGCAUUGGCUAUCUCUCCGGAAAGGUGGAUGAGCCCGAGGACCGCACGAAUGUCAACGUGCUUGCAUUGCGGAGAAACGUGACUCUCAAGGGCAUCAUCAACGGACCCAAGGACCGAUUCGAGGAGAUGAUUAAAUUCUACGAGAAGCACCAGAUCCGGCCCGUGGUGAACCGGGUGUUUUCCUUCGAUGAAGCCAAGGAGGCCUUCAACUUCUUGUACAGUGGAAGCCACUUUGGCAAGGUUGUCAUUACUGUAUAAUAUAACCCGUGUACA